AUGCAGGCGAAGACACGCCUCGACAGCAUACCAUGUCGGACUCAGCUUCAACCCCUCACAGCCAAAAUACCUGUUCAUAUGAACGAUAGCGCCAAUGCUACUUUUGCUGGUACCAUCGAUUUGACGGAAUUUUAUUCCACCAUCGCCUUGGAUAUAAUCAAUGUCGAUUCAAUAAUAGGUCAAGUGGUCAACAUCUCCAUCCUGGACCAGGCGCCUUCGAACCAAACCCUAGUCGUCCGUUCAAAAGUUAUGGCACAUCAGCUGAGCACGUCUGUCCAGAACUACCCCGAUCACUACAACUCGCAACUCCAGACCAUUCAGUCAGCACAGCUGGAUAUCAUCGCUACCAUUCAGUCAGCACAGCUGGAUAUCAUCGCUACCAUCAAGGCAGAGAUGGCCAAGAACAGGUCUCUUCAAGAGUAUAUUAUCAAUAUGCGACAACAAAUGGAUGAGAAGCAGGAGCAAAUGUUUAAGAUGCAGCUGCAGUCUCUCGGUCGACUGGUUCAAAUCUAA